AUGCCGAAGCUGGAGCAAGUAGAGGAUAUAUUGGGAACACUAGAAGGCUUCACAGUGAAAGAGAACUGGGACAGGUUCUUCACCAUUCGAGGCAGUGACAACGAAUUCGAGUGGUACGCUGAGUGGGCCGACCUCAGAGGCCCACUCCUCGCCCACCUCUCGAAGCUCCAGUCCCAAACCCAACCGCUGCAAAUACUCGUUCCGGGUUGCGGCGUUUCCAACCUCUCUGAUCACCUCUACGACGCUGGGUUUAAGGCCAUCACGAACAUUGACUUCUCUGAGGUUGCCGUGUCCGAUAUGCUGCAACGCAAUGCGUGCCAACGCCCUGGUAUGAAAUGGCAAGUCAUGGACAUGACCACCAUGCAGUUUGAAGAUGAGAGCUUUGACGUUGUUGUUGACAAAGGUGGAUUGGAUGCCUUGAUAGAGCCCGAGUUUGGCCUUAAGAAGGGGAAUCAAUAUUUAUCAGAGGUAAAUAGAGUUUUAAAAUCGGGAGGAAAAUUUGUUUGCUUUACAUGGGGUUUCUGCGAUGUUUUGGCUUUGAUUUUCUCUAAGUUUCGGUUUGGGUGGAAAAUGGGUAUUCAUGCCAUACCUCAGAAACCGUCUAGUAAGCCAAGCCUUCAAGCAUUUAUGGUGGUUGCUGAGAAACAGGUUUCCAGUGUGUUGCAGGAGAUCACAUCAUCCUUCAAUGAUUCUUCCCUUGCUUUAAAGGGAAGUCAGGCUUGUGGACUUCUUGAAGCUGUUGAAAAGGAGAAUCAAAUGCGUAGAGAUUACUCCACUGGUUCAGAUGUAUUAUACUCUCUUGAAGAACUGCAACUUGGAGCCAGAGGGGAUUUGACUAAGCUUUGCCCAGGUCAUCGUUUUCAGCUUACUUUGGGUGGUGAUUCCCGUUUCAGUUAUAGAGCUGUAGUUCUUGAUGCCCAGGAAUCAUCUGGUCCAUUUGCAUAUCAUUGUGGGGUUUUUAUUGUGCCUAAGACUCGGGCUCAUGAAUGGCUCUUCUCCUCAGAAGAAGGACAAUGGAUGGUAGUAGAAAGCUCGAAGGCAGCUCGUCUAGUAAUGGUAUUAUUAGAUGCCAGCCAUGUUAGUGCCAGCAUGGAUGAUAUUCAGAAGGAUUUAUCCCCCUUGGUUAAACAAUUGGCACCUGGGAAAGAUGACAGUGGUGCUCAGAUUCCGUUCAUGAUGGCAAGUGAUGGGAUCAAGCAAAGAAACAUUGUUCACCAGGUCACAUCUACAAUAACUGGACCAGUUAUAGUUGAGGAUGUGAUUUAUGAAAAUGUUGAUGGUGAUAUCAGUCGCAUUCUACCAUCCAGAGAUUUGACAUUUCGUCGCCUUGUUUUCCAAAGAAGUGAGGGUCUGGUUCAGUCUGAAGCUCUUCUAUCUGAGGAAGGAUCCAACAAUAAAGUUGGUGAGACUGAGAGGAAAAAGACAAACUCAUCUUCUAAAUCUAAAAGAAGAGGAAUCCAGAGAAGAACUGGUGAAACGAGCCACCAGCUGAAGGUCUAUCAUGGGUAUUUGGCUAGUUCUUAUCAUACAGGGAUUCUUUCUGGGUUAAUGUUGAUUUCAUCUUAUUUGGAAAGCAUGGCGUCAACUCAAAAAUCGGUCAAAGCAGUUGUAAUUGGUCUUGGAGCAGGUUUACUCCCUAUGUUCCUUCAUAGAUGUAUGCCCUUUAUGCACACUGAGGUGGUGGAGUUGGAUCCUGUAGUCCUCAAACUUGCAAAAGAAUACUUCAGUUUUGUUGAAGAUGAUCACUUGCAGGUGCACAUUGCUGAUGGUAUUCAGUUUGUUAGAAAUGUUGCAAAUUCUGCUGCAGCUGAUGAAAUUUCUGCAGUUCAAGAGAAGGAAGGUGCUCACUGCUAUACAGAGCCCACUUCUUCCAAUAGGAGCUGCUUAGAAUCACAUGUUGAAGGCAAGGUGCCUUCGAAGGUUGACAUAGUUAUUAUUGAUGUGGAUUCUGCAGACUCAAGCUCUGGGAUGACCUGUCCUGCAGCAGAUUUUGUGCAGGAGACAUUUCUUCAGACUGUAAAGGAUGCACUUUCUGGGAAAGGUCUAUUUAUUAUUAAUUUGGUGUCACGGUCACAAGCCAUUAAAGACACUGUUAUUUCAAGGAUGAAAGUGGUGUUUAGCCAUCUUUUCUGCCUACAGCUUGAAGAAGACGUCAAUGAAGUUAUUUUUGGUCUUUGUUCAGCUUCUUGUAUCAAGGAGGAUAGCUUCCCUGAAGCCGCUCUUCAACUUGAGAAACUGUUAAAAUUGGAACACCCAGAGAUAAGCCAAAGCAUUAUAAAUACGACAAAGAAGUUGAGACAGUUGAAGUGA